GCACGCGCCGGAAGCGCAGCUCACAAGAGUUCAAAAGCUGGCAACGAGGAUGGCCGGGUUUGCUGAGCUCGGGCUAUCCUCUUGGCUCGUGGAACAAUGUCGGCAGCUGGGUUUGAAGCAACCCACGCCCGUGCAGCUUGGCUGCAUCCCAGCUAUCCUGGAAGGUCGGGACUGCCUGGGCUGUGCCAAGACGGGCAGUGGCAAGACAGCAGCAUUUGUCCUGCCCAUCUUGCAGAAGCUCUCUGAGGAUCCCUAUGGCAUCUUUUGCCUUGUCCUUACACCCACCAGGGAGCUGGCCUACCAGAUUGCAGAGCAGUUCCGGGUCCUGGGGAAGCCUCUGGGCCUGAAAGACUGCAUCAUUGUUGGCGGCAUGGACAUGGUGGCCCAGGCCCUGGAGCUCUCCCGGAAACCACAUGUGGUCAUCGCCACUCCGGGGCGCCUGGCUGACCACAUCCGCAGCUCCAACACCUUCAGCAUUAAGAAGAUCCGCUUUCUGGUGAUGGACGAGGCAGACCGGCUGUUGGAGCAGGGCUGCACUGACUUCACUGUGGACUUGGAGGCCAUCCUGGCAGCUGUGCCGGCCCGCAGGCAGACACUACUCUUCAGUGCCACCCUGACUGACACACUCAGGGAGCUGCAGGGCCUGGCCACCAACCAGCCCUUUUUCUGGGAGGCUCAGGCCCCGGUACGCACAGUAGAACAGCUAGACCAGCGCUACCUACUGGUGCCUGAGAAGGUCAAGGACGCCUACUUGGUUCACCUGAUCCAGAACUUCCAAGAUGAGCAUGAGGACUGGUCCAUCAUCAUCUUCACCAACACAUGCAAGACCUGCCAGGUACUGUGCAUGAUGCUACGCAAGUUCAACUUCCCCACUGUGGCUCUGCAUUCUAUGAUGAAACAGGUGAGGAGACCCCCACCUGCCAGCCUUGCCAGAGACUCCUCCUCGCCUCAUUGCCUUUGCCUAGGCUCUUCCCUAUGCCUGGAACACUCUUCCUGCCACCCAUUUGCCAAGUCUGGCUUUUUCACAGUUAUUCUUCCUCACUGGACUGUGAGCCCUGUGAGGGAAGGACCAUUCUGGCUUCCGUCCUGUCCUAGGCCUCAUACAAAAGAACGCUUUGCUGCCCUGGCCAAGUUUAAGUCCAGCAUCUACAGGAUCCUGAUCGCAACAGACGUGGCCUCCCGGGGCCUGGACAUUCCCACAGUGCAGGUGGUGAUUAACCACAAUACCCCUGGGCUCCCAAAGAUCUACAUCCACCGAGUUGGCCGGACAGCCCGUGCAGGGCGGCAGGGACAGGCCAUUACACUGGUGACACAGUAUGACAUCCACCUGGUACAUGCCAUCGAGGAGCAGAUCAAGAAAAAGCUGGAGGAGUUCUUGGUGGAGGAGGCUGAGGUGCUGCAGAUUCUCACGCAGGUCAAUGUGGUGCGGAGGGAAUGUGAGAUUAAACUUGAGGCAGCCAACUUUGAUGAAAAGAAGGAAAUUAACAAGCGGAAGCAGCUGAUCCUGGAGGGGAAGGAUCCUGACCUGGAGGCCAAGCGCAAGGCUGAGCUAGCCAAGAUCAAGCAGAAGAACCGGCGCUUCAAGGAGCAGGUGGAGCAGGCAUUGCAGUGGCAGAAGGCUGGUGGGAGGGGCCACAGGGGCCGUCUACCCAGGGCCCAGUCUGAGGCCCACUCAGGUCCUACCUGCCCCGUCUGAGACUCCUUCAUCAAACUGAGGUUGGAAUGUCAGGGGGAACUUCCCCUGUUGAUAGUUCCCCCCUCCCAACCUGCCCAGCCCCUCUCACUGGAGCCCAUGAAUACCCACGUUGUGUAGUACAUGGCUCCUCCACCCUGUGACCCUGGCUGGCCCCUUCUCAAAGCCUUUGCCAAAAGGCUGCAAAGGAAAGAACACUGGCCAUGUGGUUGGGCCCAUCUCCAUAAACAGUGACUCCAGCCCAGGGUAACCUUAUGGGGGUACUGUGGGACCCAAAAGUGAAGGUGUGUCAUUUGCGGGAGAUAAUAAAUGGGUCUUUCAACUUA